AAAACGGGUAACGGAAUUUAACGUUUCUGCCGGAAUCGGAAAUUAGACCUUCACAACAAAUUUGUUUGAAAAUGGCCGAAAAUGGCAGCUAACCUGAACAGCCAACUAUAAGUACAGAAGAUUGAACAAUCAUGUCUGAUACGGGUUCUGGGUAUUCAACACCAACAUCAGGGUUCAUGAGGCUCCCUCCUAUUGUAACAAGUGAAUCAGACAGACAAUUCCUACGUGUUUUGAAUGAUUACAUAGAAGUUGAACUCCGGAAAGUCAAUCCAGAAGAUGAUGAGCAGCGGUACAUUGUGUAUAAAACAGCAUUCAACAAGAUCAUAGAACAUGUGACAGCCUACCAGCCACUGCUUACAACUAUUAAGAAAGAAUAUGAAGAUACAAUUGAGGCAAUAAAGAAAGCCCAGAGGGAGGCUACAUUUCUACAUGGUAAACUGAAAGCAAUGGCAUCCGAGCCUUCAACUAUUAGAAACUAUAGAAAAAGAGGAGAUGAACUUGAAGAAAGAGUAAAUAUAGUAAAGAAGGACAAUGAAAGAUUACACAAUCAGCUCAUUGAACUUAAAGUAAAAAGAAUGGAAAGAGAAAAACAGGAAAAAGAAAUCACAGAACCUCCGAAGCGAGAAUUGAAAAAAGAUCACAGACUAAUACCUGGUGAGAGAUUUACAGACAAGGAGUUACUACACACCAAACUAGAGGAGCUGGAUAGACAAUUAAAAGAAUUGACUAUAAGUUUUAAGACCCGCUAUGUACCUAAAACACGAAAAACAGAGUUGAAGGACAACCUAGACAAUAAGGUGGCCCACAGAGACAUGCUCCUUAGACAGGGACAGUUCUAUAAGGCCAAAAGACAGAGACUGAAGGUAGCCUCGGAGGCAGCACAGGCAUAUAAUAGGGAGAAACCUCCGCAUCAGACCGUCGGAGACACUGUUAUGAUGUCCUUACAAUAUGCUGCCAUGCAGGCCAAAAAACAAAGGGAAGCUGUGACACAUGUGGAAGAUGACGAUGUACAGUUAAGAAUCAAUGGUCGUACACCAUUGUUGAUGUUUUGUGAUGCCCUGAUGCCGUCAGCAGGAUCGGAGAACGCUCGCCCAGAUGCCCGUCUGUCUCUUGAAUGUGUCGAAUGUGCUCUGUAUGAAAAUAGAUUAGAUCUUCUAUCACAUUGGGUAGCCCAGAAAAGGUUGACAUUUUCUGAAGAGAUUGGACAUUUAAUAAAGGAUCAUUGUAAAUGUAAGAUACCAUGUCGAUGUUCGUGUCAGGCUCUAGCACAAAAUGUUUUCAUCAAACUUAAGAUAUACAAGGAAGCUAUUGUCUGCUUAUUAAAACAAGGGAGAGUAAAAGCUGGUCUAGACGUAGUUCGACAAAGAUGUAACUUCUCAAGAGAAGAUUAUGAGGAAUUAUUACGCAUGAGUCCUUCCAUACAAUUAUUACACACUCUUGUCGAAGUUGACAACAAAGGGGAGCGCCAUCUACCUAUUGGUUGUGCUAUUAUGAAUCUGAUGGAACAAAACAAGUUUGAUUUAGCUCUACCCUUUAUCCAGGAGAUGCAAAAUAAACCCUCUAAAGAUGACCCGCACACAUCCGCCUUCCAUGCAGCUGUCCUAGAUGAUCACGGGACAUCAUUACAUGAAUGGAAUGAACUCGUUCAUAUAUUACAAGAUCAAGGUUAUAAUGAGACAGCCAUGGGACUUCUUGCAGCCAUCACUGUUCUACAGGCAAUGAAAAAUGCCCUCAGGACCAGUCAGGAAGAAUUUCCUACUCUAGGGCAGUCUGAAAAUAUUGAUGUUCUCUCUUAAAACCACUAGUUAAGCUUGUGUUGUGUAAUGGAUGUGACCUGCUUUCACUUUUGAAUAGUCAGUUCAAAGUAGAAGGGAUUUCAAUAUUAAAAUGCAAUUAUUGUAUGCUUUUAAAGAAAGUUUGUGUUUGCAUGUACAUAUAUUAUAUAUACCAAAAACUGUCUUUUAAUUGCCACUGUUAAUUGAUUUUUUGGUUGGGAUUUACUACAAAUAUUUAUAUAGACCAUAAAGUGUCUUUUUAAUUGCCAUGGUUAUUUUUUUU